AUGACUGAUAUUGCUUUUGAAGUACAUGUAUUAUGUCAAUACAUGCACUCUCCUAAAGUAUCUCAUAUUGAAGCAACUUUAAGGGUACUGAGGUAUAUCAAACAAGCUCUUGGUCUGGGAUUGAUCAUACCUACUGGAGAUACUGAGCAACUCACUACAUACUGUGACUCUGACCGGGGAACACGUGUAGAAACAAGAAGAUCAGUCACUGGGUACCUAGUUAAGUUUGGGAAGACUUUGGUAUCAUGGAAGUCCAAGAAGAAGAACACUGUCUCAAGAAGUUCUGCAGAAUAUGAGUUUAGAAGCAUGACUGCUUGUGCAGUAGAAAUCACAAGGCUAGUAGGCUUGUUUAUUUGA